AUGCACCAUAUAGUGCUCUGUACUCCAUACAAUGCUGGGCUUCGGUAUGUCGCCUAUCUAGGCACCGCGGCAUACAUCGGCGCUCUAGCGCCGCGCCCUAUGUUGUACUGCCACAAUAAUUUACAGAUUGCCCGAUAUGUGGAGACCAAGAACAUGGAUAAUAUGCACAUAUAUGGAGCAUCGCCACUAUUCCAGCUCAGCUGGAACGUGUCGCCAUCCCAGUUCGCAAGAUAA